CGUUGUUUUUGCCUUCGAGUCCUCCCGCUCUGUCAGCAAGACAAUAAGACGCGAGCUCACGGGCGCGAGUUUUCAUCGACCCUGCUUUUCUUUCCUAACAGUCUUUAGCCAGAUAUUUUUCUUCCUCUUUCCUUUUCACAAACUUCGACUUUUGCUCGAGGGGUCGACCUAGCUGUCCAUCAACGCCGUGUUUAACUCGUCUGUUUCGUCAUUCAGGCGUAGUUGCUUCUGCGUACGACUCUGCAGCUGCCUUCCCGAGACCCACAGAUUACCUCUUGUACCUAUCCAAGUCCAUGAGAAGGACGCCUAUAUCCACUCAGCACCGAUCCGAUAUCGAUUCCAGACUCCCGCCCUAAAAGUCCGACCGAAUACGCGAUCUGCCUCGACCGAACCCCGCAGCGAACGUCGAUCACGAUGCGGCGCCCGUCGCUGGACCUGACCGAACCCGCUCGUAACAUCGAGGAAUCGAAUGGACAGCCGGCCGGAGACAUGACCAUGGCGAACGCAGAUCGCUCGCUUUCGCCGCCUGCGGAAGAGAUGGAAUUGGUCGACGGGGAGGUUGAAGAACCGCGGGUAUACACGCCGCCGCCGCAUAUCGCAGCAAGACUGUUUUACCGCCCGUUGAACCAGACCCGGCGCAAAGACAGCGCCGCCUCGUCGCGACGUAACAGCAUAUCCUCUGCCCAUUCGCGCUCCUCGCAUGGGUGUGGCCUCAAUGGAGGACCCCAGAGCAAAUACAUUGCCCAGCAUCUCCGCCGAGCCUCGAUCCUCGAGGACCGCAAGGCACGGCUCGCCGACCGCGCGGCGCAUGCCGAAAAAGUGCGCCUUCGGGCGGCACUUGCCAAGGCCGUAUCCAGGGACUCCAGUGCUAGCGAGGAGAGGGCGCUCGCUGCCGCCCAGGCGCGGGAGCGCAACCUCGCCGAGAUCACUGCUGCCUGCGCGGAGGAGGUGAGGCGGGCGAAGGCAGUCGCCGAGAGCAUGAAGGAAAAACGUGAGCAGGACAUUCGAAAGCUGAAGCUCCACAUGGAGGAGCGCCUCGCUGAGGCGGAAAGGAGGAGGGAGGAACUGCGCAGCCGAAACGCCGCCAAGGUCAAGGGAAGAGAGCGCGGCCACAGCCUCGGGACCCGCAAGCCCGCCUCGCCCGAUCCGAUGAUGCCUGAAGCCCUAGAGGUGAAAGAACGCGAACCAACCGUCUUGACCGAGGAUGCCGCUGCUUCGAGGAUCCAGUGGUCCUGGAAGGCCGGCAAGAGGAAGCAGUCUGUGGCCGAGUUUGCGGCGCUAGGCUUAUCUCUGGAUGCGGUCCGAGAGACGUCGUUUGACGAGGUCACACUGCUGCUUUCGCAGGAGAACGUGCUGGCAUUAACCGCGCGUAUCCUCCGCAUUUGCGGACUCAACGAGGGCGACCCGGGCUCGGUCGAGGAGAUGGCCGCAGUGCGGUCUUUCCUGAGUGCCUUUCUUAUCCUGGGUCAUCCAUCGCAAGUCCUCAGCAACAAAGAAGAAACAGAAAUCCCCGACGAGACUGGGCCGGGCCAAGCACAUCCUAUGCCGAAGGACAACCUGGCGAAUCCCCAGUCUCAAGAGCUGGUAGGCAAGGCCAGAGAUUUGCUCGUCUUGUUUGAGAACAUCCUUGGGCGGUUGACGGCUUUUAACAACUACACACCACCGCCGGCGCUGCUCACAGAAUUUCCCGAAGUCUAUGCUACCUUCUAUAACGCCUUGAUCGCAUGGAAGGCUCGCGAUUCGAGCUCGCUCGUCGACCUGAUGGUCAUGCAGUUCGUCGAAUUGGACGCCAUCUGGGAGUCUGUCAAAGACACCACCGACGGCUCGGUAGACCAGGUGUACAAGGAAAGUAUCCGUAACAAUCAGCUCCUCUUGCUCGUAAGGAUCAAGAAAUUGGCUGGCCCAUCCAAUGGGAAGAAGCUGGUCGCGGAAGCCGUAAAGGCUGCCCGUAAGACUAGGGUCAAGAAGCCGGUGGGCGACACGAAACCGCGUGUGGCGGAUCCCACGGUCACAGAGACGGCGAUGGGGGUUCUCGGCGUCGAGGACAACCACGAGCCGCAAACGCAAGCUCCAACGCCACCGGCAACGCCGUCAAGGAAGCCCGAGCCCUUCCGCGUCAGCGUCGUAGUUCCUAACGGAAAGAGCUUGUUGCCCGACAACCGGAUCGUCGUCCAUGAACUAGCCAUCAACAAGGAGUUCCGCACCGAGCCGCACGAGUACCACGAACAACAAGAACAUUUGCUUGCCCCCCUCUUCCGGGAGAUGCGUUCCACUAUGCAGACGCACAACCAGGAAGCCCAUUUCUACCUUCUGCUGAAGGUCGCCGACCUGACCCGGGAGAAGCUCCAGCGGCUUGUCAAGCCCGGCAACUCGAUGCAUACCUUCAUCGGCGAGCUGCUAGACACCGAAAUUGCGCAGCGUCAGUUCACCAUGGGGAGCUUCUCGUACGAGAAGUUCUUCCAUGCGAUGGGGACGUUGCUCCCGAAGCUCUGUGCGCCUGUCAGAGACGACGAGGUCAAAACACUCGUCGAGGACAAGUUGAGCCAGGGCAGCUAUGUAGACCGCCUCGAGGCGCUCAAUGGUUUCAUCGACGUGAUGCUCAGCGAUUAUGCCAACUACUUACUACAGCUUGCGGCACCUCGUCUCAUUGAGCAGGCCUCGACAUACGAGGCAAAGGCCUUCGCUGACGACCUCGAAGCCGGCAGACACGAUCUCUCCGUCGCCACCAAAACCUGGCGCGCAGCGCGGCAAAAGGGCCUCGCAGAGGUGGCACGCCGGGACCCCGAGGGCAUCAACCACCCGGCCUCACGGCUCACCGCAAACCGCGUCUACGCCCAACUCCUCGUCGACCUCUUCACGCAGGUCGCCCCCGUCCCCCAGAACGACACCCCCGAGAUGCUCCUCCUCGACCACAAGCGCAUUCUCGAGGCGGGCCAGCUCACCCGGCGCAUCAUCACGGCCGGCGCCAUCCUGCUGCAGUGCAAGAACCUGCUCAAGCGCGACGUGCGCGCCCCCUGGCGCAGCGAGGCCCAGCGCAUCCUGGCCGUGCUCGAAAAGACCGGCCUCGCCCCCGACGUCGCCGCCGACGGCAUCAUGGCCGCCCUCGAGACGGGCCGCUCCAUGCCCGCCGCCACCAAGCAGCACCUGCGCGCGCUGGUCAACAAGUUCCUCGCCGCCAGCGCCGAGGCCGCGAACCAGCGGGACGCCGCCGCCGCCGCCGGGCCCAGGGAGCCGGUGUUGCGCCUGCUGCUGGGCAGGCUGCGCGCGCAUGUUCUGGCCAGGCUGGCGGCCGCGUCCGCGAGCGAGAAGGUCAGGGCCACGAGCACCGCCGGCGAGAAGCUGGCGGGGCUGGGGCUGGCUGAGUUUGUGGAGAAGGUUAGGGAUAUGGUGGAUAUGAUGGGGCGGGUGUCGGCGGUGGACCGGGACGCGCAUGGGCUUUGGUGGGAUCGGGUUGCUGAGGCUGUUGAGGGGGAGGGGGCUGCGCAGUGAGGUGGGUGGGUGGUGGUUACAACCUGGGACUGGGUUGAGGAGACUGGGAUGGGAUGGGAUGGGAUGGGAUGGGAUGGCGUGCAUCUU